AUGGCGGAGAAGGUAGUGACCGCAAUGGGACCUACUGGAACUGGCAAGUCUCGGCUCUCUAUCGAACUUGCGACCCAAUUCCCUGCUGAAAUCAUAAACUCGGAUAAAAUUCAGGUUUACAAAGGACUUGACACAGUCACCCACAAAGUUGCUGAAGAAGAGAUUUCUGGUAUCCCUCACCAUUUGCUAGGAAUAGCAAAUCCUAAUGCAGACUUUACAUCAACAGAUUUCUGCCGCAUGGCUUCCUUAGCUGUUGAAUCAAUUUCGACUCGACGCUUGGUUCCAAUCAUUGUUAGAGGUUCCAAUACAUACAUUGAGGCCUUGAUGGAUGAUGAAGAUUUUAGACUGCGGUCGAAAUAAGAGUGUUGCAUCCUUUGGAUAGAUGAAUCAAUGCCCGUGCCACAUGAAUUUGUUUCGAGGCGAGUUGAUCAAAUGGUUAAUAUUGGGAUGAUCGAUGAGGUCAGAAAUUUACUGAUACAUGCGGAUUAUUCUACAGGGAUCAGGAGAUCGAUUGGAGUUCCUGAGUAUGACAAGUACUUUAGAGAUGAAGCAUAUUUGGAUGAAGAAAACCGUGCUAGAUAACUUCAUGAAUCAAUAGGUGAUGUCAAAGAUACAACAUGUAAGUUAGCUUGUCGUCAAUGGGAAAAGAGUAAUCGGCUCAGAAAGUGUUAA